AUGAUUUUAGCAAAAAUAUUAAACGAACUAGAUAUUCUAAAUUUAGAUAAUAUUGACAUAUUAACGACUGUUUUUAUUGAUUAUUUAUACAAAGCAAUUAAUGAUCCAUGUCAUAGUUUUCAAGAUGUUCCAGUCGAACAUUUAUUGACAUCUUUAAAAGCAUUUGUUCAACAUGAUGAAAUAAAAGAUGGGAUUGCUAAACAAAAUUAUUUUGAAAUUUUAAUUCGUUGUGCAACUCAAACAGAUCUUCAUGCUGGUUUAGUUCUACAAACUUCAUUGGAAAUUAUUUGGAGUUUAACAU